AUGGCAAUUGUUCAACACCGUGUACCGGGUAACUGGAAUUGUAUCUGGAGCUUAAAAUUGCCCCCGAAAGUUAAGAAUUUCCUUUGGCGAGCUUGCCGCGAUUGCUUGCCCACGAGAAUUCGUUUGCAAUCUAAAGGAGUUCAGUGUACUGACAGGUGUGCAGUGUGUGAUGAUUUUGGAGAGGAUAGCAACCAUUUGUUCUUUAUGUGUAGUAAAAGUAUGCUUUGUUGGCAACGUAUUGGCUUAUGGAGCCCUUUGAUGGCUGUCUUUGAUAUCAAUGUCAGUUUUCCAACCAAUGUGUUUGCUAUCCUACAACACCUGGAUCAGCAGCAAAAGCAAAUCUUCAGUGUGACCCUUUGGAGUAUUUGGAAGCAUCGAAACAAUAAGGUAUGGAACAACAUCACUGAUACAACUCAAGAUAUUUGUGCUCGUGCAGGUUCUCUUCUUACUAGCUGGAGGAAUGCUCAGAAUAUUCGGCAUCCUAGCCCUCAAAAUCCUUCCACCCCGAAUGAUUUGAAGUGGAUUAAACCAAGUCCUGGUAGGUUUACUUGUAAUGUUGAUGCGUCCUUUUCUCAAGCUCGGAAUCGGGUUGGUAUUGGUGUUUGCAUUCAAGAUGAAGAAGGUCGUUUUGUUUUAGCCAAGACUGAAUGGAUGACUCCGCUCCUUGAUGUCGAUUUGGGUGAGGCUUUGGGUUUGUUAUCAGCAAUGCACUGGGUUCGUGAUCUCCAACUAGGUAUUGUGGACUUUGAGCUUGACUCCAAAAUUAUGGUAAACAGUCUUUAUGGUAGUACUAGUGGCGUCUCUAAUUUUAGCGCAGUUAUUAAUGAUUGUAGACGUCUGUUAGCUUCUGAUUUAGUAACCUCUGAUGUUAGGUUCAUUCGGAGACAAGCCAACAAAGUCGCUCAUAGCUUUGCUAGAGUGGCUUUGCGUCAUGCUAGUUUCCAUAUUCAUAUUAGGAUUCCAUCUUGUAUCUCUACUAUUAUUUUGAAUGAAAUGCAAUAA